AUGCGAAGCGUGAGUUCUAGCCGGACCGUUCGAAAGAAGACUGGCUGUGGCUCCGUGGACUCGAACUUUCUGGAAGAUGGAAAAACGGCGAGAAAGAGUAGCAGUAUGCCGAGCAUUUAUGAUUUACAACAUCAAGCUGCACCGCCAACACCUGCCCUCAAACAUUACAACUAUGAUACACGCUUGAGCAAAAUACAGAAACGAGCCAUUCGAUUCACCUGGCACCGACUUCAGACAAGAAAUGGAGGAAAACGAGUUGAGAAUGUUUUCGAAGAGGUUUUUGACAAGUUGGUAAAAAACUUGCCAAAUAUUCGGGAUAUGUUUUCAACGAGAAUGUUUUUGUGUGCUAUGUCACGCGGAACAACUUCCACUCUACGAGAUCAUUCAAAGAAUUGUGUAAAAAUGGUGGAUUCCGUCAUCAAAAACUUUGACGUUGAGAAAUCCAAAAGAUCGGAUACGGGAACAGAGAAUGACCCAAGAGUAAUUGGACGUGCACAUAGCAUCUUGAAGCCAUAUGGCCUUGCUGGAAACUAUUGGGAAAAGUUCGGAGAAGUCAUGAUUGAUGUUGUUCUAGCACAAGAGGCUGUUCGGGAUUUGCCAGGUGCCGGACAGGCAUGGGUCAUUUUUACGGCAUGUUUGGUGGAUCAGAUGAGAGCGGGAUUUGAUGAGAACCGGAAGACGGAUCAUGAGGCGCAGAUGAAGAAGAGCACCGUACUGCAUCAUGCAACUCAGCAGUUGUUAGAAGAUAAUUCUGCUUCGACAUCGGCAGCAGGAAAUGGGGAAUGUUCAAGUUCGAAUCAACCAUCUACAUCAAACAUGACGUGUCAAUUCGCAAGAAUGUCUUUGACUCCAAAAGAAGCUCGUGCUAUUGAAAAUCUCAAUAGAGAAGGCCUAACUAAUGGUGGUGGUGACAAUAAUGACCUUUCCGGAACAGUCUUCUUGUAA